AUGGAUAUUAAUAAGAGAUGGGAAACUAUGCCAAAUACAGAACAAGAAGAACUUGUUGCAAAAUUAACGGAACGUCAAAAAUUACCAUGGAAGGAAUUGACCCAAAAUGAGAAACAAGCAGCAUGGUAUAUCUCAUACGGUGAAUGGGGACCAAGAAGGCCUGUUCAUGCUAAGGGUGACCAAGCUUUCAUCGCCAAGGGUGUUGCUCUUGGUUUAGUUCUCAGCUUAGGUUUCUUUUUCUUUGUAAGACAGUUUGCAGAAGACGAUCCAAAGACUAUGAACAAGGAAUGGCAAAUGAAGUCAGAUGAAUAUUUGAAGUCUAAGAAUGCUAAUCCAUGGGGUGGAUACUCUCAAGUACAAUCCAAAUAA